AUGGAUGGCAACGCUCAGUCGGUGCCUCACCAGGCUGGUCCUUCGCCCUCGUUCUCGUCUGAAGAUCCUGCCUCGCGAUGGGAUGGGGGCCGCUCUCCUCUGCCUGCAGCAACAGCGUCGGCGUCAGGAUCAGCGCCGCUGCAUCAUCAACCUUCGCUGGCUACCACUCGAUCUGCCAGCUCUGCAUCGUCUUCCUCUCAUCGCAGCUUGCCCAACAGUGCAGCACCAAGAACAGCAUCAGCAUCCUCUUCGUCAUCUGCCCGUGCUUCAGCCUCGCCUUCGCGCCAGCAGCCAUUCUACUCCGAUACUGUGCAGAGCCCAAAGACGCGCACGCACCAAAAGGCGGCGAAACGGCUCCCCGUCUACGUCCGCAUCGUGCCCAAGGACAUUUGGCUGCGCAUCCACGUCAGCCCCAGUCAGACGAUCGGCUCGAUCAAAGAUGCUGCGCUCUAUGCAGCCAAUGCGCCCGAUCAGGAUCCUUCGCUCUCGUACCGCUUCUACCAGGAUGCUGUCAAUGCAUCGGCGCAUGCAAAGAUCGCGCCCGUCGCAGGCCACGAUAAAGUGGUCAAGCAUCGCACAUAUGCCUUACCCAGAUCGUUCCUCUGUCCUCCGCCGGAUCUCACCGAUGUCGUAGCCUCGGUCAGCGCGUCUCUUGCGCACACGGGUCGGUCGAGCAAGUCUGCACGCAGCAGUUUCAGCCGGCAGUCGAGAGCUUCCCACGCUGCACCACCACCGCCGGUCCCGCCACUGCCGACUUUUGACAACGCAUACAGUCCACGACAGGCGCAGCAAGCGUUGUCGUCUGCCUCGGCAUCACAGCAGACGCUGCAGUAUGGAUCCGCUUCGCCGCAUUCACGCACUGCUGCCUCGCCUGCUCUUCCUCUGACGAGCACCUUUGGAACGGGUGGUGGCAGCAGCUCGUCAGCAAAGCCGGUCAGCGACGAUGCCUUUGGCUCUUCAUCGGCACACUUCAUUCGUCAGAUUUCGAACUCGACGCUUGCGACCACGCUUGCGACCUCGUCUCCGUCGACGACAUCUGACUGGGAAGCAGCUACGAGCAGCGGAAGCAACAAUGCUGUCCUGGGCUCGGAUGCCAGCGCUGCCUCUGUUACAUCGCUAUCUCAGUCGCAGGCGCAAUCGCAGGCGCAGGCAACCAAUGAGAUCGCUAUCCACCUCGAUGCCUCGUUGAUCACGGGAGAUCGAAUUGCAAAGCUCGAAGAGGAUCUGGCGAGAAGCAGGCUGUCUCAGUGGAUCGCACGUCGAGAUUUUGCAGACACCAAUCCUAGCACUAGCAUGAUUCCGCGAGAGGCGAAUCUAUCAGUGGCGCAGGUACACAACUCGCCUAGAAGUAACACAUCAACGCAUCCGAUCGACCCAAGCGGCAUGUCCAACAACGACCUCGCGCCCUCCCUUGCUGUAACUGCAUCGCCUUCCAACAGUAGCCAUGCGUACGCUGGUACCGCUUCGUCGCCGCGCAGCGAUAGCGUACACACUGCAGCUGCCACUCCGCCGCGGCGUCCAAUCCGCUUGAAUCCAGGCCCAGCCCCAGCCAUCUUCUACACCCAGCCUGGCGCAUGCGACUCGGUCAGCUCGCUCGCGUCGACCGGCUCGCCGUCAUCGGCUGACCUGGUAGGCACCACCGCCGACGAUGAUGCGAUGGUCAUGCAGUGGGGCACACAGGCCGAAGCACCGCUGCUGUCAGAUCCACACCCGAGCCCGCCCCCUUCUUCGGCCGCUGCUGCGUUUGCACCCCUAUCGAGCCCGCUGCAGCCUUCGACGGCCCUGUUGCCGGGCUCGCCGUCGUCGCCGUCUUCGUCGGCGCGGCCACGCAGCAGGACGGUCACUGCUGCAGAUGUGUUGCGAUCGCGUGCGGCGAGGAGGGAGGAAAGGGCGAACCCACCGCCGCUGCCGCCUAUGCCGCACGUGAUAACAUCGCCGGCUCGUAACUCGUCGCUUCCGAGACCAGCAGUGAAGAAGCUGGUGCCCGAGUCGAGUCAACGUCGAGACGGACCUCAGUUCGACUUGUUGGAGCUGCUCAAGGAAUCGCCUCGAGAGGACUUUGACGAUAAUGAUGAUGAUGGCGAUGUCGGCUUUUCUACAGUCAGGCAACGAAGCACGAAGAUGCCGACGCUCGUUACGGCGUUGCGUAAGAAGUCGUUGGAUGGCUCGACGUCUGCAGUGCCACCCGCCAUUGCUACUGCUGCAGAUGAUGGCGACCAGUACAUUGCUGGUAUACGACUGGACGAGAUCUCGCGUGGAUGGAAGGACGCCUCCCAUCCCUUGUCGUCCAAAUACGCGGUGCUGUCCUCUGCCAACGGCUGCGAGUUGGAUGAGUGGAAGACAGUAGCGGCGUCGCUGGUUCGACCGUUUGAGCUGCUCGAGAUGCAGUGGCACAUACCUACUGAACGCGUUUACAUCCCUCCGAUCAGCUUGCACGACACAAUCCGCGUCACUUAUGCUUCGCCAGCAGUCUCAUCAAGUAGCACCAGCAAAGGGCUGUUCAAGCAGACGUGGGGCCAAGAGGCAGAUGCGGGACCGGAUGCCGAUGCUCUGUGUCUCGAGCCGUACUUUGAAGGAUGGGUGUAUGUGCUCAAAGGCGGGGCCGUGGCGGGCAAGACGGACAAGUCUGGGAAAGGAUCGGCGAAGAUGGGCAAAUGGAAGUUGCACUGGAUGACGGUGAAAGGGUGGCGCAUUGAUCUGUACCGCAAGAAGCCGAGGGCGGGCGAAGCCGUGUUGCCUGUAGCUGACCAAGUUUGGUCGCUGCGGUCGGUGAAUUGGGUGGCGGUGGACUCGGAUCAUCCGGUGCCUUCGAAUGCAGCGGUGCCUGGGUUGGAGGCCAUGCCUCGAUGCAGCGUCACUCUGGCUUUCUCGCCGAAAAGUAGUGGAGCAGCGACCCCGCCGAGUUGGAUGACGUCGCCGUCGCCGGGGAGCUUGUCGUCGGGCGAGAUCGGCGCGACGUUGGCAUUACGGUGCAUCUCGCAUUUUGACCAUCGGGCGCUAUCGACACUGCUGCUGCGGGCGUGGUAUCGAGGCAGUGCCAGUGCGACGUCUUGGUCGAGGUCUUCGUCGUCGUCGUCGUCGGAGGGCGUGGACAAUUGGCGUCGCAAAGCUGUGUUUCGCGCGAUUGUGGCCGGACGAGGUGGAACUGUGGCAGCAGGAAGAAUUGGAAAAGAGGGAAGAAGGAACGCCCGAGCGAGGACGAGAUUGCGACCGAGCGGGUGGCCGAAGGAAUGGGAGGAUGCGGAUCAGUGGUCGAGCGAGUCGGAGCGGGAAGAGAUUGCACCGCCGGCCGAGUUGGAGCAUGCACUCUCGCUGCAACAGCAGCAGGCUCGGAGGGAUACAGUGACGCAGGCCAAGGCGGAUCAGAGUGCAGCACAGCGCAGUGGUGGGCGCAAGCAGGAGGUGUUGGCGGGUGGAUUGUACGCUGCCUUGUCUGGGAAGACGAUGACAAGCGACAGUGGCAUGCCGAGCGAGAGUGAAGUUGUUGCCUCGUCGUCGGUGCCGUUCUUCCCAGCCAGUGGGUCGGCGACUGUUCGUCCACGACAUUUGGCGCAAAGCCCGUCUUUGCCGCACUUGGAACCUGGGUUGAUGCUCGGCGGUACGAGCGCGCACUUGAAUAGCAGCCGCAGUCCAGCCACUCGUCGUCGUCGUCAAAGUGGCGGGAGUGGCUCCGCCUCACGCUCGCCUGAUGCUGCGGAUCGCAUUCCCAGCACAAGCUCGUUGCGGUCGCGCUCGUUUACUGGCUCCCAUCCUGACCCUAAACCAGCAGCACGCGGCCGAAGCACACCAGGCCACUCGUCGCACAGCAGUCGGAACGUUUCGCGCGAAGCUUCGCCUCACCCGUCGUCCGGAUCGUCGUCGAGGAAGGGCAGCGCCAGUGGGCUCAGCGGGGCCAACGCGUACAACCUCUCGCCAGCCAUUGUGCCCGGCUUUGUGGAUGUUCUGCCUCCACCGUCGGUGAUGCUGCUGAAGAAGUUCAAGGCGAGUCAGAAGGCUGCGGCUCAAGCUGGGAGUUCAGGGUGGACGGAGAACGAAACACCGUGA